GGCGAGGGAGCCCACGGCUACCACUCUGGGGCCAGCCGGCAACCUCACGGUGCAGCCACUUGCCCACCGCCUCCCCCCAGGUCCGGACCGCCGCCAUGGAGGGCUCCGAAGGCGACGGAGGAGGUGAAGAGCUUCACCCCCAGCCCCAGCCCAGCGAGGAUUUCGUGAGCGGCCCCUCGGCGCAGGACGAAGGUCCCGGCAACCCCGGGACGCAGCCGACGGCACCCAACAACCCAAACUCCCUUCCCGAGGGGUACGAGGACAUCGGUUCAACACCGGAGCAGGUGACGGGGGAUUACAAGUCCGACGACGACGACGACCGCUGGGAGAUUGUCUCCAGCGAGCCAGAGCCAACGUCGGUGGAUUCGUUGGUGGGCGAUGGAGACGACCACCGCAAGCAGGAUCCGGCCCCCCAGCCCCUCAGCGAGCACGAGGCUCCCGUAAUCCCACCACAAGAUGAGAUCCCGCUCCAGCAGAUCCCGGCGCACCGCUGCGCGGCGGUGGAGAACGAGAAUUACCAGAAUGCUGGUGUCCAUCCGGAGGGAGCAUCGGAAAUACAGACGCAGAAGAGUUUCAGCAGUCCGGAAAAGGUCCCGGGUCAUGUUAAGAGAGCAGAGGUGACAGACCAGGGGAACCUCAACCGUGCACGUGCAGAUGAUGAGGAGAUCAGAGAAGGCCGAGGACCUCCCAGCAGGGUGAGAAGUGACAUCGCAGGGGAUGUGCAACAUCUGGGAGCGUUUGCCAAGAGCCAGCUGAAAUGGAUCUGCCAGCCCAGCUCGUAUCUGUUUGGUGGACAUUACCCACCACAAGACACAAUGACCCUGGAGUUCGUUGCUGUGCUGUCAGAAAAUUAUAACCUCAACAAAAAAUUCAAGAUCUCCGUUGUCUUCUACAAAAAGCUUGGCCUCUGUGAAGAAUUUGCCAAUAUGGAGAAAAGAGACAGAGUGAUUACGGGCAGCGCCAGGAUCACCCUUUCUCACCUGAAAGAAGGACUUAUCUUUUAUAAAUAUGCCCUCAUUAACCCCUACAGCCAAGACAGAGAGUGUGAAUUAGAGCACAUUUCAUUAGAGAACUCCGGCAUCCAGGAUACCUUAAAGUACAGAAACGCUCAAUUAUUUCGUGUCGUGGAUAUACCCAAAACAGAGAUCAGAGCCGACGGAACAUGGACCAUCUUUGAACACAUUGAAUGCAGUUUCCUCAACAGCAGCAGCAGCAUGAUGAUUCGGAAUCCCUUGUCCAAAAAGUCCAGGUGCAAAAUCCAGAUGGAUUACCUGGAGCACAAUUUCUUUGUUCAUGCCACCUCCUGGAAUUCCCUGGAGGAUAUAGAGAGGAAACUGGAUAGGUACAAGGAGAGCGUCAGCUUCUGUCUUGGGGACGCCGAGAAAGGAGACUCUGAGAUUUUCCGCAGUUCGGAGGAAGCGGUGAGAGAUAGUAUCGGAGCCUUCCUACAAGCGAUCGUCAAGCACCUGAAGACCAAGGAACAUAACCUUCCUAAGCUCCUGUUUGCCUUUCGUAUCUCGUCUUGCUAUAACAUCCCCCUUUCCCCAGCGUCUAUCGCUGAGGCUGAAAAGCACUUCCAGGUCAUCGAGUUCUCUGAAGACAAAUACAAAGAACUGAGAGGAAAAAGCAAAUACUUUCAGGGUCUGAAGGAAAUGUGUCUCAAGACCACUGAUGGCACCUUGUGGAUCUGGUUGGUCCCGCUGCUCUAUGAGCUCAAGAAGGACCCUUUUCUCCCAUGUGAACUUUCUUCACAAGCCUUCCAACAGCUGAGGGAAGACAAAGAGAAGCAGUGGAAAGUCCUGAAGAUGGUUGGUUAUCACAAAUCCUUGAUUAGAAGAUGUCCUCCGCUGGCAAAGAAGGUGGUGGAGAUGGUGGCCCUGAAGAACUUCACCAAGGACCCUUUGCCUGACAUUUGGUUUCCACUCCAGCUCCUCUUGGUGACAUUGUGCGAGCGCAUCCUAGACGUCAGGGCAAGCUCAACCCAAGGGCCUGAAGAUGACUUUGAUGUGGCUUUGGAAAGCAUCGCCACCAGGAUGAACUCCUGGUUCAAGGACUUGCACCCAUCGGGGUCUUCACAGCAAUCUCUGGAGCCCACAAAUGAGGAUGAGGUCUUGCAGUGUCUGAACUUGGUGUACCUCCUGCUGAAGCAAUUCUUGGUGGAGAUGACGAAAUGGGUGUCGUUCAACUCUGUGAUGACGACGCUGUGGAUACUUGGGCUGUUUGUCAGCAAAGAGGGUUUACUGCAAGCGAACAAGGAAUUCCAGCAGUUCACUUCAGCAGAAAGGUUUAAGGAGUUUUCACAUUUGAUCAUACCGUGGCUCAACAGACACUUUCAGAAGGCACCCACGGACAAGAAAUCCUUCCUGAAGAACACUGAGAUGUGGCAGCAGCUGCUUUCGAUGAAGAUCCUCUGCAUGGGGUGGACCAAGGAGUGGUGGAGUUUGAUCCUCAACAUGUUUGAGGAGUGGCUGAAGAAUGUUAAUGAGAAAUACCUCAUGGACUUCUACUGGGCUUUCAUGAAGAUGGACAAGUACAAUGACACGGAGUUGGAGAACUGCUUUACAAAUCGCAUCAUCCAGUGGAUCAGAGGCCUUGACAAAAGCAAGGAAUCUGUGGUAAAAUCUAUGAUACCCAUGUUCCUGAAGACAAGCAAACCAUCUACUGGGAAGGUGCUUUCCGUUCUCGUGGAGAAAAUGUGUUCAGAGACAAAGAGGCUGAGAAGAAUUGAUGCGUUUGAUGAGACAACUGGCUCUGUUCUUGCAAACCUGCUCAACACUCCUGUGGUCUGUGAUCUCAUUUCUGCUGUCGAAGAAUCAAAGUGCAAGUUUCAAGUUCAGCUCAGCGACAAUGCAAAAACCAUCCUCUCCCAGCUGUACAUGCUCUUCAGCUUCACUGGACGUUGUGUUCUUUCCGGAGACAUCCCCUGCAGUACCCUCAACAACAUCUUAAAGAAUGAGGAGCUGUUUAAGAAGAUACUGUGCACCUGUGAUCACGCUUUCUCCGAGUGUAUAACAAAAGUGCUGGAUGUCAGGAAGCAGGAGUUUGAGCAACUGGAAGAGCAGAAGCAACAAAGACGCUCCUUUCUCCGCCUGUGCUGUAGCAUAGAGGACAUAAUAAAAGUGGAUAGAAGCACCAUGGAGAAAAACAUCACGGACAAGGAAAGUUUUAAGGAUCAGAUGUCGGUGAAGAAGUUCUCCACUGAUGGCAAGAUUGAAAUGGACUUGCAUGUCCUUGCUGAUUAUAACAACAUGAUGCAAAAACUUUACAUCGUGGAGAGAAGCCAAUGUUUCCGUAGGCUGUGGAAGAUGAGAGCAGAGCAAAUCAAAGCCACAAUACCUGAAGAUCAAGUUUUCUCCAUAGGAGAUGUUCAAGAAAAAAUUUAUAAGCCAGCCAUUGCUGACUUCCGGAAAACCUACCUGUCCCUGAAAGACUUCUCCAUCACCCUUGGGACCGUGCAGAGCCAGUUUGACAAGCUGCUGAGAAAGAAGGAUCAGCUCGUAGAGGAGUUUAAAAUAAUGGAGGACAGUGAAGGGCCAAGAGGUGGAAUAGCUCACUGGAUCGCAGGUGCGGUGGAGAGGAUCGACAACUACUUGACCCUCUCAAAAGUGGUGCACACUGCCAAGAUGAUCGAUUCUCUGAGACAGAUGCUUCAGCUAGAGGGGGAUUUCCAGCUUGUCAGCGACCUGGCGACAUACGAAGAGCAGGAAUUCAAGAGUAAGAAACUUGAUUUUAUGACCUCAGACUUAAUGAAGGUGAAAAAAAGUUUGAGUGACAUUCCCCAGGGAGUCCUGGACUUUUUGAAGGAACUUCAUGAAUGUGCAAGGAAAGGUUUUACCUCCUGGAUCAAGACCAUAAUAAAAGAAAAGACAGAAAUCCCCGUAUUUGUGGAGCUGGCAUCAAUUUCUGCAGGUGAAAAUGACAUGGAUAUCGACAGAGUGAGGGUGUUCCGUGACGCCAUGACUGCCUCUGCCCCCAUCGUAUUAGACCUGAGUCCCACAGCUGGGUUUGACCAGUUCUCUGCAGCUCUCUCUUUCAUCAGAAAAGCCAUUGAGAAGGACAGUCAUCUUCCCAAGAAGCUGAAAAAUUCAUGUGACAAUAAAGAGUGGAUCCAGAUGGUUCACGACUCUCAUGGCUCAGUGGAGCGUUCUUCAAUCUCUCAAGCCAGAAGCAUCAACAGAAAUGGGCUUUUUACCAUCUCAGCACCUCCGAAAUUCAAGGCUACACUUGAGGACUGUGUCUUGUUGCGACUGCUGAAUGACAGUGAGGAAAGUGAAUCUCCAGCAGACUGGAAGAACAAGAAAUACAGUUUGUCUCAGCUCACGGAGCUCCAGAACAAGCUUAUGUUGAUUGCCACCAAGGUUGAGCAGGGCAGAGAGGAAGCAAACCGUUUCUUGGAGAUAUUGGAAAAAGUUGAAACGGUUGGAAAGUUGUACCUGGAGCUUCUCAGUGUUGGCAACAUCCUCUUCAUCAACUGGAAGGCUGACAUCUACUGCAACCCCCAGCAACGUGUAAAAGUCUACACGGAGUUUGGAAUUGCUGAUAUCCUUGUUCAGAGCACAAAACCUCUCCUGGAGGAGUUGGACAGCCUCUCUAAAGCGAUGGAGCAUUGUUUGUCAGAGUGGAAGAAGUACCUGGAGACUCAAAGGGACAUCUACUAUCAUCUCAACCUGUUCACUGCGCACCAGCUCUUCUAUUUAUGCAGCCAGCUAGCCAGAGUCCAGAAAGGUACCAUAGAACCACAGGUGCUCAUCAUGCUUUCCGCCAUCAAGCAUGACAUCAAAGAAGAAGAUAUCAAAAAAGCCCUGGAGGAUGCGCUGAUGACUCCUCUGGAGUCCGUGAAUUCCUUGUCAGGAGGUGAGGAAUCAGUUACCUGGCACGACUACAUCAUUCGUUUUCCCCAGUUCAUCAAAAGCUUGGCCGAAUCAGGCUACAGUGAGUCAGUGGCAAAGGCAGCCUUGCAGAGCUGCCUGUCCAACUCACCCAUCACGGAGCAGAUGCUCAUGGAUUUUGCCUUUGAGCAGGGCGACAACCAGGAGUUGGUUGAAGAGCUCAGCAAGUUGUAUGAGGAGACAAGAGAAACCUUCCUGCAGCAGAGACGGAAAUUUAAGGCCGGGAAGAGAGAUGCUGACCAGGUUUCCUUCAGCACCCUGGCACACGAAGAGUUGGCCACCUCCUUUGAGAGUUUGCCAUCUAUUUACGACAAGGUGAUUCUGCUCUGGGAUGCUUACUGUAAGAAAUUUGCUGGCCUGGUGUCUGAUAAAUACAUAGGCUUGGAUGUUUUUGGGGAGACACUGAAGCGCUUGGCCAGUCUAGAAAGCACACGUGUUGAGAGGAGUUUACCCGUAGGCUUUGAAGAAGGGAAACCGCUUCUCGUCAUGUGUAAGGAAGAGGAAAUGUUACCCAACAUGCUAUUUGUCUAUCAACAUCCUGAGACAGCACCUCUCCCGUCAUAUGAUGAGGUCCUGGUGUGCACACCCGACACGCAGGAGGAGGAGGUGGAGCUUCUUGUCAGGAGAGCUCUUUCUCCAGGUUCCCAAGACCAAAAGAUCUACUGCUUGCUGGGUGCUGAGAAAUUAGUUUAUAAAGUUUCCAAAAAACUCGAGUCCCACUUCUUCCGCCUGGUGCAAUCUUCCAGCACCUCCAACUACAGAUUCAUCAUCUUCUGCAAUGCCAAAGCUCACCACUCCUAUGUUAUCACAGCCUUUGAUGCCUACAAGGGGACUUUCCCAUGCUACUCCAAGACAGAAAUCCAGACCUACCUGAAGAUGCAUCUCAAAGUGCCGAGCGGGAUGGCUCCAGUCGCUCAAGCCUUCGAAGAGCCCUAUCAGCAGAAUGUGAAGUUCGUCUUUUCGGAGCAAGCAGGAAUGGGGAAGUCUCUCUUUGUGGACAAUACCAUCAGAAAGGUCCGUGACCAGCUGGGUGACAUCCUACCACUUCAUAAAACCAUUAGGCUGAUGGAGUCGGACAUUGAUUUCCAGUUCUUUGUGGAGGAACUCUUGUCCAUCAAGGAAUCUGUGACUGAAAUUCAGCCCAGAAUUUUCCACAUCGAUGUUUCUCCAGUGGUAUCGAAGGGUCUCUACCGGCUGCUGAUUGACCUGUGCAUCCUGCGGCACAUACAGAGCCCCGACGGCUUGGUCUGGAAGUGCAAACCCUCUCAUCUUUACUUGAUCGAGUACCUAGCAAAAGGGAAAGGUGUUAGCAGUACAAGGAAGCAAGAGAUGACUAUUGAAAUAGAAGAAAAAUUCCUGGAUCUUUUUCCUACUGUGGAGUGUGUAUCACCGCAGAGCGUGCUCGAGUUGAUGGAAGAUCCCAGCUCUGUCCCUCCUGUGGGGUUGAGGGAGAAACAGUUUGACCGGAGCAAGCUAAAUAGCGAAGUUUUCCAAAGGUCCUACCAAUAUCUCAGCAGAUACGAACGAAAUGAAAACCUUGAUUGUUUCACUUUCGUCCCUGGAAGUAUCGAAGGGACAGAAAAAGAAUGCCUGGCGUGCUUGAUGAAGUUCUGUGGGAGAAGCAGCCCCUCUUGGACCGAGCUCAGCAACUUCACACACUUCCUGAACUUCCAGCUAAAAAAGUGUGAGAAAUCGGUCUUCUGCAGUCUGGUGGUUGGAGUGGAGUUUAGAGGCUUCAAAACAUUUGUUGUCAAGUUCAUGAUCACCAUGUCCAAGGACUUUGCCAUGCCUUCCCUCAACAUGUCUGAUCAAAGUGUGCCGAGCAAGGAGUGGAAGGAGAUGGACAGUAUUUUGAGAGAGUACCAGCUAAGACGCAAGUGGGAGCAGGAGUCUCACCCUUAUAUAGUUUUCCAUGCUGAGGAUGAUUCCAUGGAGUUUUUGGGUUUCCAUAUCAACCAGAACUUGGAUGCUAUUGAUGCUUAUUCCCAGGAUGUUUUGGAGAGGUCAGUUAUGAAAAAGAGUUUAUACGAGACCUUGUCACUCCAAAAUGUUCCUUUCAAUAAGAAAUUUGAAACCUUAUCCAGAACUGAGCAGUUGGAGGCCCUCUGCAGAGUCUUUGGUGUGAAAUGCCAGAAGGAUCCAGAUGUUUCGUACCAGUUGACUCUGGACAACACCAUGAAGAUGUUGGCUAUUCACCUGCGGUUCCAGUGCGGCAUCCCUGUGAUCAUCAUGGGUGAAACGGGUUGCGGGAAGACGAAGCUGGUGCAGUUCAUGUGCAACCUGCAAAGGGCAGGCAAGAACAUUCAGAAUAUGAUGGUGGUGCGUGUUCAUGGCGGCACCACCUCCAAGACCAUCCAGAAUAAGGUAAGGCAGGCCAUCAAGCUGGCACAACACAAUGAAAAAGAGCACAACGUAGACACAGUGCUCUUCUUUGACGAAGCCAACACCUCAGAGGCGAUCUUUGCGAUCAAAGAAGUGCUGUGUGACCACAGUGUCAAUGGAAUGCAGUUUUCCACUGACCGCUUAAAAGUGGUGGCCGCUUGCAACCCUUACAAAAGACACACCAAGGACACCAUUGAGAAACUGGAGAAAGCUGGCUUGGGAUACCGAGUCCGGAGUGAAGACACCCCGGAGAAGCUGGGUUACAUUCCCUUGCGGCAGUUGGUGUAUCGGGUGCAGCCGCUUCCUCCCAGUUUAUUGCCUCUGGUCUGGGAUUUUGGGGAGCUGAAUGAGAAGACGCAAAGCCUGUACAUUGCGGAGAUUGUGAAGUCCAUCGUGGAGACCAAGAUCCCUGCGGGAAACCUGGAUGUCUUCACCGAUGUCAUUUCAGCCUCCCAGAAGUUCCUGAGAGAGAAGAAGAACGAAUGCAGAGUCACCAGCCUCCGGGACAUAGACCGCUGCAUGAAAAUAGUGCUCUGGUUUUAUGACUUAGGAGACCUGCUUUUCCACCAGAUUGAUGAGAAGAGGCAACCUGAGGAGAAAGAGGAGCCAACCUUAAACAACGCGCAAAGGGCUUUGGUCCUUUCAGUAGGGGUCUGCUACUACGUGUCUCUGGAGAGCCGCCAAGAAUACCUGGAGGAGGUUGCAAAAUGCCUCUCAGUCCCUGCAUCCCGGCUACAGGAAGAGAUUGAGUUGUGCCAAGAGGUGUUUCUUGAUCACCUCUCCAUUCCUAAGGCGACAGCCUGCAACAACGCUCUGCAGGAGAACAUUUUUAUGAUGGUUGUCUGCAUGGACCUCCGGAUGCCACUCUUUCUGGUUGGGAAGCCGGGAAGCUCCAAAUCUCUCUCCAAAACCAUCGCUGUAGAUGCCAUGGAAGGCACAUUGUCCAGAAGCCAGUUGUUCAAAAGAUUCAAAGAGGUCCAGCUGGUCUCCUUCCAGUGCAGCCCUCAUUCCAAACCAGAAGGCAUCAUCUCCACUUUCCGACAAUGUGCUCAGUUCCAGAAGGGCAAAAACCUGAAUGAGUUUGCGUCCGUGGUCCUGCUGGAUGAGAUCGGUCUUGCAGAAGAUUCGCCCGAUAUGCCACUGAAGACGCUGCAUCCUCUUCUGGAAGACGGAUGCAUUGAUGAUGAGGAUCCAGAGGCUUACAAGAAAGUUGGCUUUGUGGGCAUCUCCAACUGGGCCUUGGACCCUGCAAAGAUGAACAGGGGCCUCCUUGUCUUUCGGACUGAACCUAGCAAGGAAGAGCUGGUGAAGACUGCCAAAGGCAUUUGUGCUGACCAACCUCACCUUGAAAGGAUCGAGCAUUUGUUCCCCAUUCUGGCAAACUUCUACUGCAAUGUGCUGCAGAAACAGCAAACGGAGUUCUUUGGGCUUCGUGACUUCUACAGCUUAAUCAAAAUGAUUGUGGCCUACACGCAGGACAUGAAGGGCGAUUCUCAAGAGGAGCUCAUUGUAAAGGCCAUUCAGAGAAAUUUUGGAGGCUCCAAAGAUAUCUGUCCUCUGGAAAUCUUCCAUAACUGCACCAGCGAGGUACGUGUUACCUAUGGGAUGGAGACCAGCUGCAUCCGUCUGCUGGAGGAAAACAUGGCCAAGCAGGAAGCGGGAUUCAUGUCUCGUUACCUCCUGUUGCUGACGACCAACAACGCUGCCUUUCAGAUCAUCCAGAUGACGCGGCUUAUAGAUGCCACUAACUGUGACAUAAUAUUUGGUUCUGGUUUCCCACGGGACCAGGAGUAUUCCCAGGUGUGCCGCUCUGUGAACAGGGUGAAAAUCUGCAUGGAGAUAGGCAGGCCCGUUAUCCUCCUCAACAUACAGAACCUUUAUGAGAGCCUUUAUGAUACCCUCAAUCAAUGCUUUGUCAGCCUGGGGAACAAUUAUUACGUCGACCUGGGCCUUGGCACUCACAGGGUGAAGAGCCGUGUGAAGGAGGAAUUCCGGCUGAUUGUUAUAGAGGAGAAGAAAGUGGUCUACACGCAGUUCCCCACCCCUCUCCUGAGCCGUCUGGAGAAGCAUUGCUUGGACAUGAACACCAUCCUCAACUGGCAACAGCAAAACCUGAAAAAGGACCUGGAGAUUUGGGCCAGGAAGUUUGUCUACAUCAAGAACCCUGAUUUAUUUGGGAUCUGGUCCAACACACUCGCUCCCAAGGAACAAGAUGUCUUCAUUGGCUUCAGUGAUGACACGUCCGCCGCCAUUGCGCUGGAGAGUUUCCAGCACAUCCACCGCAGAGACUACGAACACUAUGGAGAGCAGGACUUCUUCGCUGCCACAAGCAAACUGGUGGAGUGUGCCACUCCCGACUCCAUCCUACGCCUGAAAUACUCUUCUCUGGAGGAGGCUGAACAGAUCCAGGACCUGUAUUUCAUCAAGCAGAAGCACAACAGCCUGACCAGCCUCUUGCGUGAGAUGUUGAACCAGCAGAAGGAAGGGAGCACCACCGGGCAGUGCCUGCAGGUUUCUACCCAUGCCAGGCUGUUAAACCAGAAGGAUUUAGAAGUUCUGAGGAAGACCCUCAACCUCCCAGAUACAAUCCACUGCCUCUUCCUAAGCCAGUUUGACACUGAACACGCUUUCCGCCAGGACCUCAGGAAUUUCUUCAAGGAGCCGCAAGAAGCAAAAUUGCUCCUUGUCCAGUUUCAUUUCGAUGAGCCGCAGAGUGGCAAAAGACUCCUGGCCUGUGCCAAGUACUGCAUGACAGAUGAGCGAAGAAGGUCGGCCAGCCCCCAUCUGUUGCAUGUUGUGCUGAUCACUAAAGUCCCACGGGUUCUGGGAGGGUGCAGCUAUCUGGCUUUUGACAGCGGCGAGUGGAAAUCCAUCCACUUGGAUGACUUGAUGCCCCCCGAGAACUUUAAGACCAAUCUUGGCCAGCUCUCCAAAAUGACCAUUGCUGAGAUUUUCAUGAGCAGUUCCCAGCAGCAUGUCCCAUCAGGUUCUCCAGAGAAUUCUGCUGCCCCGGGAAGCCUCACUGAGUCAGAUCUUCACCCAGAGGAAAAUGCACAACUCCUUAACAUGGACGCAAUGAUCAAAGGGAGCAUCCAGAAGGCCGUGAUCCAGCUGGAGGACAAGAAGGACAACAGGAAGCGUCCAACGGAGAGAAUCAUGAUCCUUUACAACUUGCUUUUCCAUGCUCAGAGUAGCAGCGUUUCCAGCCACUUUCUGACCAUCCUGAAGAAGAGAAUUUGUUGCCUCCUACAAGAACGGGAGCAACCGAUCCAAGAACCAAGGGGCUGGAUAUUCCGCAGGGCACUCUCUACUGAAUUCAUCCUGGAAGACACAUCGUUCAGGCAAGCGCUCUGGGUACACCUGGAAGACAUUGUGGCGAGCAUCUUUGCCCAAAUUCUCGCCGUGGUGGAUGCCAACAACAACCUGGAUCACAUCUCUCAAGGCUCUCCUCUCGCAGAACUGUGGAUCCAGAUGUUCCAAGAAGAAACAUUCCUAAAAAUUAAAUACACCAGAAAGGCAGCAGAUGCUAAGAUUCCUGUGUUAUCAAUGACCGAAGACCCCAACACCUCCCUCUCCUGCCAGUUCCCAUUCAGUUGGGUUUUGAAAGCCUACCUGGACGACAUAUGGGAGAAAGUCUAUCAUAUGAAAGGUCAACCCAAGAAUCCAGCAGAGGAAGUGGCCAGAUUCUACCAAACCUUCAUCAAGAAUGUCUUGAUGCCAGAUGUCAGCAAUCCAGACAUGCUCCGCUAUUACGCCAAUGACUUUCUCAGGAUGGCUUUUCCUGGACAAGACCCCUCUGUCUAUGAGAUUCUCUCAAAAGUUUUCCUAGCCAGCGCAGAACAACUCUGCUCCUCCGUGGGCAGGGGGGAGAUGGACUUUUCCCCAAUUUGGCUUCACAUGGAAUAUUUCUACCUCCGAGACGAUUAUCAACUCUUCAUUGACAUCGCAAAAAGCAACGACACUGUCAUAAGAGAGCUGCAGGCAAUGUAUGAGAACAACCCCCCAGAAAUGUUUGUCACUCUUGAUGCCUUGAACAUUCUCCUGAAGAAAGUGCAGCCCUUCGAAAAUGGACUUUUGCCCUUUGAUGCCUGCGUAGCAUGGCUCAAAAGCAUCAAGUCCAUUAAGCCCUGGAUGGAGUGGAUCAGCCUGGAUGACUACCAGCUUCAGUUCUACCAGAAGAAGAAGAAACUCCUGGAGAGUGUGUUACAUCGCUGGACCUGCACCAACAUUGUCUACAUGUUGAUUGACCACCUGCUGCACAACGAGGCACAGAUAGAUGAGAAACUCCUGAGGCUUGUGGUGAAGCAGUUCAUCUUCCUCUGGAAUCGCCUCUAUGCAACCCCAGGAUUUGAGCCAGAGAAGACUUUUGAUUUGGUGACAAAAGUGCUGAAGAAAUGCAACCAGAAUGCCGAUGUUGUGUAUCUGGUGAAGGGUGUGAAGGAAUGCAAGAGCUGUCUGCGGGAGAUCACUGACCCGGCGGAGCUGCCCUGCAACCACAUCUUCUGCACCCGCUGCAUCCUGGAGUGGGAGAACAAGCAGUGUAAGAUCUGCAAGGAGGAAUUCCCGCAGGAUUACACACCCACAGCUUCGGAGGCCACAAGGGAAGCUGUCGCCUGUCACAACAAAUUCAGGAGGAAAUGCAAUUCCUUCUUCAUUGAGUUCAUCACCAUGUACUUUUUGGGAGACAGACAGCCACUGUCUGCCGAAAUCAUUCAGCGACUGAUACAGUUUGUGGCCUGCAAACCCAAUCCUGAGCAACAGGCAGGGAAAAGAGUGUACAAGCCGAAAAGCGAGUUGUCGCCCUUCGAAGAGUGCAUGGACACCAGUCCUACCAUCCAGUCGUCCCUCCUGAAGCUGCUGCUGCGAUGCGGGUUCAACAACGUCAAGGUUCACUUGGAAGAAUACCUGUCCCAGAUGGAGGAGAAGAUAAUCUCCAACCAAAGUAACAUGGAUCACUUCUAUUUCAUGGUGGUGCACUGUCUGGAGGAUUUUAUGUAUCCUUCUUCUGAAGAAGACAUCAGCCAGCUUGCUGAAAAAUGCCUCUCCACUGCAGACCUAUCUGCUUUCUGCAAGCCCGAGGUCUCAAGAAUUAACACCCUCCAGUUCAUCGCCCAGCUCCGGCUCUCCAUCAGCCAUGUGGCCACUGUCCUUGGCAGACAGAUGCUUUCUGCUGCAGAUCCCAAUGCACCCACUGCUGAGGAGAAUGAGAAAGAGCAAGACCUGGUGAAUGCAAUGAAGCAGCUGGUUGCAAAGGCUCCGACUUGGUGGCCUCAGGUUUUCCUCAUCAGAAAUCUCUGUGACAUCUAUGGGCUCACCUCUGUAUGGAAGAUGCUUCAGGUGGAGAAGUGGAUUUUACCCCAAGGGGUAGAAAUUUCGCAGGAGAGAAACACCUGGUCAAAUGCAACACUGAUGUUUUCAGUGAUGGACAAAGCACAAAAUCAGCUAAAGAGCAAAGAUUCCACAGAAAACCAGAACCUGAUUUCUGUCAUGAGACAAAUGGAGAACAUCCUCCAGUUGCCAUCCAACCCAAAUGAGCUCCUGGAAGACAAACCCAAGAAGAUCAUGGAUGCUUUGGGUGACAGGGAAGACCCAAGCCUGCUGGAGGUUGUCUUCCACAGUGCAUUCACUCUGGUGAUGUCCCCGAGCCGCAUCACUCACCUCCUCAAGAACAUCUGCUUCAAGCCUGACAUGGUGAAGGGGUCCUACCUUCCCACCAUGCCUGGAGACCUGCUUUUUGAUAAGGAAAACUGGAAAAUUGGUGACACAGAGGCAGUUUGGUCUUGUCAGUGUGGCUUGUACUGGAUUGUCACCAACUGUGGGAAACCCAUGGAAAGGAAGGAAUGCCAGUGUGGUGCUGUCGUUGGGGGAGCUAACCACAAUCCUGAGGAGGGCUUUGAGAAGAAGGAAAUCACCACUGAUAAAACGGAGAAAGGGUACAUCCUGGAGAGCCCUUUAUUGCGGAGAAACGAGCUGGAGAGGUGCCUGUCGCCUGCCUGCAUUGGUCUUGCGAGAGCUCUGCUCCAUUCGUCCCUCCUCCUGGGGAUCUAUGCUAACAAAGAGGCAAUUAUAGACCUGAUCAAAAAGAAACCGGCGGAUGUGGAAGAGUUCUUCUGGGACCACCUCCGGAAAGACGUGGCGUGCCUGGCAGAAGCACUCGGCAGGAACACAGAGGAUGCCAUGUUGACUGUCCAUCUGUUUCUACAACACCUGAGCAACGUCAACCCAACAGAUGAAGAUGUAGCCUUGGGCAUCCUGCCUGAGAAAAAGGACCGAGAAGAAUGGGAAACCUCCUUCAAAGCCCUGGCUCAACCCUUUUUCCAGGGAUUGGACAAAAGCAUUAAUUCUGUCAAGGAGCAGAGGAUGAAUGAAGGUCCCCAGGGCUCCAGCAUCCUCUUGAAAAUAGUUUAUGGUCAGACGCCACCUUUUGAAGAGCUGCCGAGUCAGGAGUUGAUCGACCAACCUUGCAUGUGGAGAUAUGAACGGAAGACAACCAUCCAGACCUUGAUGCAUUUCCUACAGCAGGAAGGUGGAGAAGGCACUGGCAACCCCUACCCCAUUCUGCUGGAGCUCCUGUCAAAGCUCGAGAAUAUCCAACACGUCCGACACCUGCCCGACAUUUUCCGUCUGCAGAAUGCCCUGAUCCACUUCUUCCAAAACAGCCAUAAAGGGGAAGACUACACAGUCCAACAGUUCCUGGACCAGCCUGAACUUUCAGAGGACCAGCGUUUGGCUUUCAGCAGAGCUAUAGAGACGAUCCUGAAAGUUUGGAGCAAUAUUAAGACAAACCCAUCCAGCUCAGGCAUCGCCAUCCUGCCGGACCUCUCGCCCAACAGUAUCAACAUCAACACUGCUGUCCUGCACCUCCUCCCCACCCAACCGUCCAUUAGCCACCUGGUGACCAGGUUCCUCAUACAGCUGCAAAACAACUGUGUCAACACAGCUGCACAGAUCACCAGGGAGAAGCAACGGUCCAUCUCUGCAGAAGAGGUGAAGCCCUCCUCCGUGCUGGCUGUAACCAAGAGCGAUCUGGUGACCAUGGCGCUUGCCAACUUGCAGUACGAGGUAGAUGAAGAUGGCACCAAGACAGCCUACUUCGACUUCCAGAUGCUGCAGCGGCAAGUGGUUCAUCGCUUCAUCAGCGGGAAGCCCAUCAUCAGGGCCCAGACGGCUCCAUCCAUUGCCCUCAACAACGUGAGGACCCUCCAGGCCACCAAGAUGAAAGUCAGGGACCAACUGUCCCAGGAGAUGCUCAGCGUCAACCAGCAGAAGCGCAUCAUGGAAGAGGCCCGCUCAGUCAAUGCCCUCUCCAAGGCCCUGGCCACCUUGAAGGUGGCUGCUGAGUUCCUGGCUGUGACAGGUGGUGACCCAGAACGCCCACUGCCCGAGUAUGUCCGCCAGGAGCUGAGGAUGGACGCCAGCGCGAAGCAGUUCCAGGAUGUGCCGGUGGUGCCCCACACCCAGCUGAAGCACAUCCUGUCGCUGUGGCAGGUCCUGGCAGCUCGCAGGUCCAUGCUGUUGGUACAGAUGAACCAGGAUCCCUUCUGCCUGAUGCCCAAGGAGUUCCAGGGAAAGCUGGAUGAGAAAGAAGCAAAAGCCCUGUCCUCCACGUUGUCCAACACCAACCUCGACCUCUUCCUCAUUGAGCUGCACGAGAUGAUCAUGGUGGCCCUGUCUGGACUUCAGCCUGAUCAUAACCUGAAGUACGCCUUUAGUUUCUUCCUGGAAGACAACCACGUCCCCGCUGCCUCUGUGAAGUCCCUCACAGAUGCCCUGGGUCCCGGAGAUUCCUGUCAAGAACAUCCUCUCUGUCUGGCGGACGGCUGUGAAGGCCAGCCAGAUCAACGUACCUGCAUAUGGCCAGGAGAGGCCAGCCCAAGGCAGCUGUUAGCCCCCUUCUUGCAAUGACCCCGCCGGUGGCUUGUCCCCAUGGGCACAGCGGAAACACCAACCCCUAAUCCCAGCUCUGGGGGCAACGCCUGAGCUGUGUGUGAGCUCCCUGAGCAACUCGAGCCUCCAAACCCCUGCAAUGCUGCUCCCCUACUGCCUGAACCCGCAGGAGAAGCUCCCUCCUGGACCUACCACUGCCCCCUCAGGGUCCCCAGUUGUCCCCAUCACUUCCAACCUCACCAAGCCACAGCAAGAACUUGGAGACCGUCCCCAUGAACAUGUCUCCAGUGCUCUCAGUUGCUUAGCUCUGACCCCCAGCAGACACCAAGGCGGGGCUGAGGAGUUAGAGCCCUACUCCCACCCCAAUGUUGACCAGUGCAUGCUUCUGUGUAUCCCCAUGUCCAUUGUCAGUGGCCUCUGUCCUGUCUUGUCCCUCCUCUCCCUUCCUGCAUUAUUAAACAUUCAAGAACCCA